UUUUUAAAAUUAUGUAUAGUAGAAUUAUGUAUGUAUAUAGGUGGGCAAGGGUUUUUGAUGUCCAUGAAAUGAAAGCCUUCAAGUUGAAGGAUAUCAAGUCCCUUUAAGUGUCCUUUCGAAAUCGAAUUAUCAUUGUGAAAGGAAAGUAUUGAGUUCUUAAACAAUCACACAGUUAUGUAUAACUCUUAUACGCCAUUAUUCAGUUGAAAGCAUCCAUGAGGUAUUGCUUAAAUUCCUCUUCCUUUUUAGAGGCAACAACACAUCAUAUUCUAUUAUACAAGUCUUCAUUCUUUCUUGUUUGAAGUAACUAAUCUCUUGAAUUUCCCUUCUUCCUAAAAUCAAUCACCCAAAUUCAAUACACCUACAUCUCUUAGCCUUCUCAAAUUAGUGAGAGUCUUGAGGAACAUAAUUGCCUAGGAUGGUCGAUGCUAUUGUCUCCUCCGUAGCGCAAAGGCUUGGUAACCUUCUCACCGAACAAGUUAAUUUUUUGCGAGGAGUGAGAGAUGAAGUCAACUCUCUGAAAAACAAACUGGAAUACAUGUUGUGUUUCUUGAAAGAUGCAGAAGAAAAACAAGAUCAAGACAGUAGGAUACGCAAAUGGGUGUCCGAUAUUAGAGAUGCUGCUUACGAAGCCGAGGAUAUUAUUGACAAGUUUAUUCUCAAAGUUGGACCCAAAAGGACAGGGUUCAAGGCUUGCCUCAGAAAAUACUUUUGCAUCUACAAACAAGCAAACAAGUAUGGGAUAGGAAAGGAGGUUCAAGAAUGGAAGAAUAGACUCGAUGAAAUCGAUCGAAAUCAUGAAAUUUUCAAGAUUAGAAAUAUCGAAGCUGCUGGGGAGGGAUCAAGUAGCAUGAAUGAGAGAUUCAAGCAACUACGAAGGACAACACCUUAUGAAGACGACCAACAUGUCGUGGGCUUCACCAAGGAUGUUGAGUUACUGACAUCUGAACUUCUCCAAGAAACGCCCCAUCAACGUGUGAUUUCGAUUGCGGGCAUGGGCGGUUUGGGUAAGACGACCUUAGCUCGAAAACUUUACAACUCUAGCAGUGUUGGAGAUAAAUUUGAAUGUAAAGGUUGGGUUUCUGUAUCCAAGGAUUACAGCAUCCAGGAUCUUCUUCGAAGAACAAUAAAAUCUGUCAAGAUGCCCACCACCAAAGGUGAAUUGGAGAUGUUGGAGAAGAUGGGACAAGAAGAUUUGGAAGGCCGUUUGCAUGAGCUGUUGAAAGAAAGUCGAUACCUGGUGGUGAUUGACGAUGUAUGGGAUACAGAUGCUUGGGAAAGCUUGAGGAGAGCCCUCCCAGACAACAAGAAAGGAAGUAGAGUAAUUAUCACCACUCGUAUCAAACUUGUUGCCAAGAGUUCUGGUGAUAGAACAUUUGUCCAUGAGCUUCCAUUUCUACAAGAAGAAGAAGGUUGGGAAUUGUUUUGUAAAAAAGUGUUUCCGAACCAUGAUGGGGCCAAGGAUAAAACAAGUCAUUGCCCUCCAAGCUUGGAGGAAUUGGCAAGAGAUAUGGUCAGAAAAUGCCAUGGCUUACCCCUGGCCAUAGUCGUCUUGGGUGGGCUAUUGUCAAGAAAACAACCCGAUGAGUGGCCCAAGACAAAAUUUGAAAGCCAUGCCUUGACUCGUGUUACACAAAUAUUGGCUUUAAGUUUCAAUGAUUUGCCUCAUCACUUGAAGUCGUGCUUUCUUUACUUGGGGUUGUUUCCUGAAGAUUUUGAAAUUGAUGCAGAGAGACUUAUACGGUUAUGGGUGGCAGAAGGUUUCAUACAAGCAGCAGACGGAGAAACUUUAGAGGAGACAGCUGCAGAACAUCUAAAUGAGCUGAUUGACAGAAAUUUGAUUCAAGUAGCUAAAAGAAAUUGGAUGAGAAUUGGAAGAUGCCGAGUGCAUGAUCUUCUUCGAGAUUUUGCAAUUGAAAAGUCGAAGGAGUUAAAAUUCCUUCAUAUCAAUGAUGGAAAUGUUCAUUCUGCACUAUCUCCCUGCAAACAUCGAAGACUAGCUUCUCAUAGCGGUGGAUUAAAAAGGAACGAAAGUUGGAGGAACCAAAGAAAGUGGUUGGUGAUGCUUGUGUGCCUGUUGUGCUGUUGGAGACUAGAAGUUCUUUUUAUUUUUCCUUCUAUUUGUUGUCAUGUUGUGUGCUUGUCAUGUUGGUUGUAUUUGGAUUUCCAAUGACUUCUCUUUUUAUUAUUUAUGUGUAAAAGACUAUUGUGUGGUUACAUUCUACUAUUGACUAUCACUUUUUAAUUGUAAUGAUAUAUAUGGUUAUGAACAUUCAUUCUAUU